AUGGGGGCGCGCCAGAGCUGUACCAAGGCCUGCAGCAAUUGCGCCGCCGACUGUACGCGACCAGGUCAAGGUUAUGGUGACGACUUCGACGACGAUCGGCCCGGCGGGGAUCCGGCAGGAGCAACCUUCGAGGAGACCUUGGAGGAGCUGCUCUCCAAAAGCCAAAGCGCCCUGAAGACGUGA